UUUUAACAUUUGAAUAUUAAUUUUUACUAUUCGAAUUUAGAAUAUUCGUUGACAGCCCUAUUUUCCAGUAGGCUAUAUAUUUGUCUAAGUUCACCAUGGCGGUUUUAUUGCAGUUAUCCUGUAUUAUUUAAUGACACCUAGUCUAUGUAAUCCACUUUAAAUGAUCAAUAUUUUAGGAAACCUUACCUGAAUAAAUCUAGGCUUUAUAUGUGAGAUUAUCUCAGUGAUACACAUAUUAGGCUAUUACUUCAAGCUGAACUCAUGCAGCUAUUUGUUCAUAACCAUAUUUAUUACAACAGCAACAGUGCUUAGCGGCGCUUAAAGAUCCCCAUUUUUUCUCUGUACCUGGGUAAUGUCUGCCUGCAGCACCGAAGGACUCCGCCAGAGAUGUCUGCCUUGCCCUGACAUAACCUGCUGCUGCUCUUCUGUCCGCCUCUGCGCAAAUGUCUCAUAUUCAGUGUUGUGGUGUGGUUGGUUGUGUUGACACAACUUUUUUCGACCUUGGCUCGCUCAGUGGAAAAUGUUCUGGGCUGGAGGGAAAAAUGCAUUGAACAUCGUGUCAGAAAUGCUCUGCAAAAGGAUGGCUCACCGGCAUAAGACUCUGGAACUGGUAGGCGGGGUUCUGACUGGGAGAGGCCGUCUGGUGGUGUGGGGGGAGCGGCUGGCGCGGGGGGCGAAGAGAGUCCUUUGAAAAGUUGGACUUGCUGGGUGAGUUCAGACACCUGCGCCAGCAAAGCCUGUACAGCUUGCCCUGUGUCGUUCAGGUGUCUCUCUUGAGCCUCCAUGCGGUUGAGGCUGCUAUUCAGGAAUGCCUCCCUAGAGAACGAGGCUCACUCGCUGCUUCUCUUGCUUGGUCAGAUCGUUCUGUCAUGAUCAUAAAGACGUGGAAGCAGAUAUGCGAGUGAAAACAAAGUUUAUUAUGUCAGAGUCAAUAAUUGCAGUCCCCAAGCUCCCGAGAUCCUCCUGGUGGUGGGUGGCGCAUGGACGGGGUGGUCAGCCCGUGGCCCGGGGAGAGGGAUGAUGAUGAGCCCAGAGGUAGAGAGAUCCGGCGACAUCGAACUCAGAAACACAGGAACACGAUACGAAGCACGAGACUGGAACGCUGCCAGGAACACGACACACUCGGGAGACAUCAAACAACGAUCUGACAAUGAGAGGAGGGACACGAUAUCAGAUCCACACUGGCCUUCAGCACUCCAUCAUUCGAGCUACCCAGCCCAAUUGCCUGCCCCUGGAAAAUGUCACCCUGCCCCAAAAGCUCAAGCAAGCCGGAUACUCCACCCACAUGGUGGGCAAAUGGCACCUGGGCUUCUACAAGCGCCGGUGCCUGCCCACCCAGCGUGGCUUCGACACUUUCUUCGGAUCCCUACUAGGAAGCGGGGACUACUACAGUCACUAUAAAUGUGAAGGACCCGGUAUGUGUGGCUAUGAUUUGUAUGAAGGAGAAGAGGCAGCUUGGGAACAGGACCGCGGCUUGUACUCAACCAUGAUGUUUACUCAAAAAGCUAUCAGCAUCCUAGCUGAUCACAACCCUCGCGUACAACCCUUGUUUCUCUACUUAGCCUUUCAGGCGGUUCAUUCCCCACUGCAAGUUCCUGCCCGCUACCUUGAGCGCUACAAGGGCAUUCCAAACUUGCAUCGUCGAAAAUAUGCCGCUAUGGUGUCCUGCCUAGACGAAGCUAUCCACAACCUCACGUUAGCGCUAAAACGCUACGGUUAUUAUGACAACACAGUUAUAGUCUACUCCUCAGAUAACGGAGGCCAGCCAUUAGCAGGUGGAAGCAACUGGCCCUUGAGGGGGAGUAAGGCCACCUACUGGGAAGGGGGGAUUCGGGCGGUUGGCUUUGUUCACAGCCCCCUGUUGGUAAACAAAGGCACAAAAUGUCGAUCAUUGGUCCACAUCACUGAUUGGUUCCCUACACUGGUGACCCUGGGCGAAGGGACUUUGGACGAAGACCUAAAUCUGGACGGGUACGAUGUCUGGGAGGCUAUCAGUGAAGGCCGUCCAUCUCCUCGCCAAGAUAUUCUUCACAAUAUUGACCCAAUCUACAUCAAAGCCAAAAACGGUUCGUGGAAGGCCGGGUAUGGCUUAUGGAACACUGCCAUCCGGGCUGCGCUACGGGUGGGCCACUGGAAGCUCUUGACGGGUGUUCCCGGUUACAGUGACUGGGUGCCCCCACAGACCUUCUCCAUACAGCGGCUAACCAACCGCUGGCAUAAGGAGCUUGUCCAUUGGGGCCGAGGUAAAUCCAUCUGGCUGUUCAAUAUCACAGCCGACCCUUAUGAGAGAGUAGACUUGUCCCAGCGGUACCCUCACAUAGUGAAGGAGAUGCUCAUACGCCUAGCACAGUACAACAAGACUGCAGUUCCAGUGCGGUACCCAGCUAAAGACCUGCACUCCAACCCUCAGUACAAUGGGGGGGUGUGGGGACCCUGGUACAAAGAGGGGCAGGAGAAGGAUGAGAGAUACAAUAACUUGUUGACCAACCAUCUUGGAAAAAGUAGGUGGAAAAUAAAAUCAAAGAGCAGAAAGAUAAAAAGGAAGGAAGAGUAGUAGCCUACCCAAUUCGUUGAAGGCUUUUCUCAGGGACUGACACUUCCUGUUUCAGGAUUGUCCUCUAAAACAGUCUAACUCAAGUUAGUUUUAACUAGACUCCACUAUAUGCAAAACAGUGGGCCUUUUGAAAUGCCUCAAAAGAAGAAAAAAAAGAUCUUAUUUAAACACUGUUCUCAUGUACAGACACAACUUAGACCUCAUAUAUUUGUUAAUACUAUGGGAAUUUGUAGAAGAUUUUCUAGAUUGUUGCAUGCUUGAACUUGUCACCUUUUGUCAACUUUUGAAUGUCCCCUAGAUUCAUGUUUCACAAAGUAGAAAAUAAAAAUUCACCUUGACAGUCGCCAUAAAUUGUGGUGACAGAAAUAAAAUGAGGCCUAGUUCUUUUAUGUUUUGGAUUAGAAUAAAGCAGUAUCGUGGAAACGGAUGUGACUUGACUUGAUGUAUGUAAUCUGUCAAAACUUUAGAGUAAAAUAUUUAGUUCCCUCUUUUAGAUAAUGUUGUCUGGCACCAGUCCAAACUGAAUGUAAGACAAGCUAACUAAAUAAAAGCCACAAAAAGCCACAAA